AUGUUUAAUCCUCAAGCAAAAUUAACUAGAAUUCGACCAUCAAAUGAUGGAAUAAAACAUUCAGAUAUUACAUAUUAUACACCAAGCAUUUACACUAGUAGAAUUAAUAUUGAUUUUUUUUUCUCAUUACGUCGAAUUGGUCUUUCUCUACGUGGAAAUUUAUUAACAUAUGAAGCAACAUUAGAUAUUGAUAUACUACUAUUAACAAAACAAGUUAUUCAUGUACUUAAUGUUAAUUAUAAACCAUAUUUUCAUGAUUUUGAUGCAUUUACUGACGUGAAAGAAAAUCAAUCAUUUAAUAUUACACUAGAAGCAAGUGUUUAUCCAAUACCAAUAACUCAUACAUGUGAAUAUUAUAUAAAUAUACGUGCAAAUAAUUCAUAUCAUUUAAGUGAUUUGACAAAUGAAAUAAAAAUUUUAACAUCACGUUAUUUACCAACAUUACUAUUUUAUUCAUUUACAAAUUCAGUUAGAACAACAAGAUUUUCAUUAACUGUUAUUGUUAUUGUUGCUUUAAUAUCAUUAUUUAUAAUGAAAUGUCGACGAUCAAAUAUAACAAAUGAUAAAUUAUCAAAAGCUGGUACAAAUGAAACAAAAGCUAAUACACUUGAUAUAUUUCGAACAAUAUCAUUAAAUUUAUUUUUCGAUCGAUUAUAUUCAUCAAUAAUAAAUGCUUAUCGAUUUAAUAGAUAUCAAAAAUAUGAAGAAGAUGAUAUUAAACAACCAUCUGUAUCAUCAUAUUCAUCAGUUACAUUAACACGACUUACUCCUAAUCAAAGUCGAUUAUGA